AGCUAGUACAUGCAAUAAAUGUGAAGUUUUAAUUUUUAAUUUUAAUUAAAAUGGAUAAGAGAAAACCCUCAAUGUCUAAUGAAGAAGAUCAAGAAACAAGCUCUGAUUUUUUAGACGUACCUAUUGGUUUAACUGCCUCCGAAAUGCAUAAAAUGAAUCAAAUGGGAAAAGCUUUGAUCAAAUCCGCCGUAAGUGAACUCAGAAACGAAUUUCAAAAAUUUAUUACGGAGGCUGUUGAAAUGACUUUAUCCGGGGAUAGCAUUCCAGAUAUCCAAGAGCAGCAUGAUAAAAGGGUAGAAGAACUUGAAAAACUUAAUAAACAGUUAGAAAAAUUACAAAAUGAAGCUCGAAAACAAAAAGGUGGAACUGCAGAGUUACAAAGACAUAUUAAAGAAAAAGAAAAAGAAAUUGCAGCUAAGGAACAACAGCUUAAGCAAUUAAGAAAGCGUCUGCAGAAACUCCAGAAACAAAGCGACGAAAAACAACAAUUACAUGACGAAAUAGUGAGCAAACUGCAAGCGGAAAAUAAUGACCUCAAAUCUAAAUAUAAUAAUGUGAAAGGAAAACUCCAAGUUAAAGAGUCUUCCGAAAAUAUAGCACGUAACAUACUACCAGAGUUAAGACAGCAGAUAAAAGACUUAGAAGCCCAACUUGAAAUCGAACGGAAGAAAAAGAAGUAAACUGUAUGCAUGUUAAACUGACAAAGA